AGGCUCCUUCGCAGCGUAAGUGAAAAUGACAACAACAAAGAGUGCCGCACUCAACAGCGGCAGACGUAACUGCGUGGGAGCUUGAGUGCUCGAGCCCCCACCCUCUUAGUAUAUUUUGUGAAGGAUUUUUAAUAAGGUAGAAAAAGGAGUAUAUGUUCUUUAUUCAAAAAUGAGCAAAUCAAAAAGAAGAUUUUAGCAGUUAGGACUUCACCAAAGGACCUUUUUGGCGCAUUAUUGAAAUAAAAUGACACAUUAUAAUAAGAAUAUUCUCAGUUGAACCAGCUUAGAAUUCAGCCAGAGUUUUUCAUUUUGUCGUCUGAUUAUCACAGUAAGCGUGAACAUGGCCACUGGAGGCGUGGUGUGGUUUUAUAUAUUAACUUUAGUUAGGAGAUUCACAUCAGCUUUUUUGCAUGUCUCAGAGGCUCCGACGCAAUUAAAGUGGGGCCUACCGGAACCAAAGAACCUGCGACAAAAUAUUAUCAAGAAGUCUCAAUUGCUUUGCAAAGAAAGGAUAGGUUAAUGCCACUGACCUAAGGCAGGUCCUCUUGAUACACAGCGAGUUUAAUUUUGUUUUUAUGAACGUUUAAACGCCAAGGAACGGCUGAGACAAAGGAAUGGCCAGACAUCUUUAGUUCUAGUGAAGAACACACAGAUCUGCUAGUCAAGGGCUACCUGUGACAUUCAAAAAUCAUUACCAAAUUUCCGGUGCACACAUGAAUGUCCAUUUACAGUUCAAUAGCAUUUCAUUACUUUUUAUAUAACAUGUAAGCAAAAAGAGUUGAUCUAAGGAGAAGUAUUCUACUUGCUUGUUUCUGCAUUGUCUGAAGAUAUCCAGAUGUGCUAAGUAAAAAUCAAUACAGGAUGUGACAUCUGGUUGCGAUGAAUUUUUAGAUAAAUAUGCUUUGAAGUACAUUCAUGUUGAAAAUUCUUUUCACCUUUCUUGUUAAAUAUAAAAGAUAGAAUUGUUCUCAAGCAGGACACUGCAACGUAAAUACAUUUACGAAGCAUUAUAGAUAUUAGUGUGCAAGUGUUCUUUAGAAAUUAAAUUGUAAGUUCUACACCUGCUGCUAAGAAAUGCAAAACAGCAUAAAUGAAGGUUUUCACACAGGUAUAAACAGUUCUAACAGCCACACUCCGCCUUAAUCCAUUUUUAAAUGCAAAUAUGUUCACUAUCGGAUAUCUCUUAAAGGUAUUUUUUGUUUCUUUAUGUGCAAUCUCAGUAUCUUCAGAGACUAUCACAGCUGGCACUUUUUACGAUGUGUCAUUUGAAAGUGGAGAUGCAGAAAUACCCUCCUUGGAACAACUAACAGUCCUGAAUGAGUGUGAAGCACAAAGCUCUUGCAUCCACGUCGUGAAACUUAAGAAAACUGGGGAACUGAAGAAAAUAUCCUCUGCCAAAGAACUUGAAGAGCUGAGGAACAAAGGUGAUGUUGACGGUUUUAUGACGAAGACACCUUCUAAAAAGCUGCUGAAUGUUGCUUUCAAGAAGAACACAAUGGCGUAUCCAGUAAGUCAACUUUCUUCGAGCUCCGUAGUUGUUGACGGAAAGAGAGACGGACCAUGUUAUUUCACGAGCACUGAAUUGCCGUCGCCAUGGUGGAGGGUGGCAUUUGGAAAAACUGUAUUUGUUCAUACUGUAUCUGUAACAAGCUUUUUGAAAGGUAUCGAUAUCAGGGUUGGAUAUCAAGACAAACAUGGAGUGAACCCGUAUUGCAGACGUAAUGUGUCUAUAGCAAAGCAGACAACAAAGGAAUUCGAAUGUGAAGAAAAUGCAGUCGGUACUUACUUGUUUAUUGAGAAGAGAAGUCCUGUUUUGUUCAUAUGUGAAGUGGAGGUUUAUGGCAUCCUUCUUGACUAACUCGUGAUUUGCCUUUUUGCUAUGACAUAUGGAUGCUGCUGAAUAUUACCAAGUUGCAAUUCUACAUAGUGUUGUAAAAACGAGGAAAGAACCUUAUAAAUUAAGACUUACUAACAGUACAAAUGCUGUACAUUUUACUAUUGUGGUGAAACUAAUUAAGUAAAAACUGAUCAUUAUCUACAACUAUAUCUAUAACUAUAACGAUAAGCUAAAUUUUCUCCGAAAAGUUCUCCUUUCAAUACUUUUCACACUUGAAAUAUAUUUUUCAAUCUUAAAUGUAGUUUUAAAGGUACAAUAUGUUCUCAUUUUCGGUUGAUUUUUCAACAUUCAGAGAGUAUUUUGAUCGAAACAAUCCACUACCCAUUGGUUUAACACAUGUUUAGCGCCAAUGGAUCUGAAUGUUUUAAUUCGGUUCUCCCAUAUGUCUCCGAGUCCACGGCUGAAGCAAAUGUAUUUCAAACAUCUAGACCAUGUUAACUCUAAUUGUAUGUUACUUCAGUAUGCUUGCGUCAUUAUUUCAUUGCUUUUUCCAUCAGAAAUACGAAGCAAAUUUUUCGUUAAUGAUCUGAAACCCAAAGCAUGUAAUUGUCUUCUGCCUGGCUCGCAUCUAGAAGCAACAUUUGAUGUUAUUCGUUUUACUCCAAGUAUAUCUUUACAAAGCUUCAAGUUCAGCUUUUCGAUUGGGUUAUAAUUAUUGAAAGCAUGCUUGAAGCAGCCCCAAACAUCCACCCCGUGAAGAAGUACG